AUGGAUUAUGGUGAGACAUUUAGUCCGGCUGUCAAACCGACGACUAUUCAUACGGUUCUUAGUCUGGCUCUCUCCAAGGCAUGGCCGAUUCACCAGCUUGAUGUCAAAAAUGCUUUCUUACACGGCGAGCUCAAGGAUACUAUGUACAUGUAUCAACCUUUGGGUUAUCGGGAUCGUGAUCGGCCUAAUCAUGUCUGUUUGCUGCAAAAAUCUCUAUAUGGACUGAAACAGGCUCUGCGGGCUUGGUAUAAAUGUUCCAAAUUUGCUAUGAAGAAUUUGGGCCUGUUGAGCUAUUUCUUGGGCAUUGCUGUCACUCGUCAUACAACCGUUUUAUUUUUAUCUCAAAAGAAGUAUGCAGCUGAGAUUAUUGACCGUACUGGCAUGUCCUCGUGUAAGCCAUCUCCUACUCGAGUUGAUACAAAGCCGAAGCUUAGGGCUACUACCAGCACGCCGUUUACGGACCCUUCACUUUAUCGGAGUCUUGCCGGGGCACUACAAUACCUAACAUUCACAAGACCCGAUAUUACCUAUGCUGUGCAACAGGUGUGCUUGUUCAUGCAUGAUUCACGGGAUGAGCACAUGCACACUCUCAAGCGCAUCGUGCGCUACCUACAAGGUACGUUGGAGUAUGGUCUUCACCUGUAUCCCUCUUCCACAACCAACCUUGUCUCAUUUACUGAUGCUGAUUGGGGUGGGUGCCCCGACAUACGGCGUUUGACGUCGGGUUAUUGUGUCUUUAUGGGUGAUAACUUGAUCUCAUGGUCUGCCAAACGUCAGGCUACUUUGUCCCGUUCGAGUGCCGAGGCAGAAUAUCGAGGGGUUGCCAAUGUAGUUUCUGAGUCCUGUUGUGUCAUAUAUCUGGCUGGUAAUCCUGUUCAGCAUCAACGCACUAAGCACAUUGAGAUGGAUAUACAUUUUAUCCGGGAGAAGGUGGCUCGUGGCCAAUUUAGGGUACUACAUGUCCCCUCUCGUUAUCAGAUUGCAGAUAUCUUCACCAAAGGCCUUCCGUUGGUGUUAUUUGAAGACUUUUGGGACAGUCUUAGCGUUCGGCGACCUCCCGCUUUGACUACGGGGGUGUGUUAG